GUUGGAUUCUGUUUAUUCUUAACUGAAUAUUAGUGUAAUUAUCUGAUAAAUGCAGCUGUGUUAAUGUCUAUUUAACUGAGUUUACACCAACAGAUGUUUUCUACUGAAUGACCGCUGCACAGACCUCCAUUGAUAAAAACGUCAGUUUUGCGGCUUCCUUGUUGAUAGUCAACUAUAAACACGUAGUGGAACUUAAAAGAUAAGCUUUUUUAAACAUAUGUAGAUAUUCUGGUGAAUUCGGCAUAUAUUUUAUUCACCAAAAUGCAGUUAUUUUCAUGCAAAGGUUAAGUUUAGCAUCGUUAAUGACGUUACUGCCAACCCCGGAAAGACAGUUAUAGAAACAAGAGGUGGUCAGUACGAGACAUUUAAAUUAUUUUUCAUGUAAGAAGUGUUGCUUACUGUAGUAAUUUAUGCCGAAUUGAUUGUGAGUCGAAAGAACCCAAAUACUUCUUAUUGAUACAUUUGAGCCAAACUCCGUUUAAAAAUCUAAAUAUUUUAGAAAUCCUCAUUAAUCGAUUGAAUAUAAAGAGACCACAGGACUUAAAAUAUGAGUUUCUGGAAUAAUUUCGGGUCACUUUGUUAAUUCGGGAUAUAUUUGAUCCCCCAAAAGCACUUUAUUAAACAAAAACAUUCAUUUUAUUAUUGAGUUACGCUGUUUGCUAGCUACCGGUCACCGCGGUACAAACUAGAUGUAGUCGGUGAAAACGUUGAGAUUUUUUAAUAAAUGAUGUAUCCUGGUGUAUCAACUGUAUGCCGAAUUGAAGAGUGGUUCAUAAACAAUCUAUAGAUUAAAUUUCUUUCUAAUUAUUGAGGAAUAUUACAGAAAUAGAAGAUUUAGAGGGCUCUCAUGACAUGGUUAGCGUUAGCCAAACUUGGUUCCACUUGUGUGUUUCCAGUCGGACACAAUAACGAACAACGAUCACAACACAAUAACACGAAUAACUGCGUCGGUAACAGCAGAUGUUGAGAUAAUGAAUAUGAUUUAAAGUAUUAACGGAUAAUAGUUUGUUAAAAUGGAGCCGGCACAUAAAGAGCUGCUGCGGAGACACCAGCUGGAGCUGUCCGGGCAGCUGCUGGUCAGCGACACUAUCGUUCCGUUUCUGUACCAGGAGAACAUUUUAACGGACGCUCAGGUGCAGGAGAUCGAGUCCCAGCCGACCGACAGACAGAAAACCCUGAAACUGCUGCAGCUGCUGCCGGGCCGCGGACCCCGGGCCUUCCCCGCCCUGCUGCGGGCCCUGGACGACUUCAGCUGGGUCAGAGACAAGCUGGUGCUGGAGCUGCAGGACGCACCUGGAGCCACAGGUGAGACAGCAGCAGACGUGUGGCGUCCUCCUGACUCGGUCCUGCAGAGGGUUCCUUCGGACCGGGAGUUGUCCCGGCUGGCGUCUCGGCUGGGUUCGGAGUGGGAGGCGGUGCUGUUGGAUCUGGGUCUGUCGGCGGAGUCGUUGUUUCGCUGUCGGGCCGAUCACUCGCUCAGCUCUCACGGAGCGACGCUGGCCGCUCUGCUGCAGUGGAGACGAGCCGAAGGGAAGAAAGCGUCGGUGCAGAGACUCCUGCAGAGUCUGCAGGCCGCGGACGUCCAUCCGUCCGUCCUGCAGGACGUCCUGCUGUGAUCCACGUUUACACAGACUGACGCACAAAGAUCACAUACAAGACAUUAAAUAACCUCCAGCUCUGAAACUCCUGCAGCUGCGUGUUUUUACUGAAGAGCAGCGUUGUCAUGUGAUCCGCUGUUACUAUAAAGAUAUUGAUUAUAGCUGCAGACUAACACACAAUCAGAUCUUUCAGGCUCAUUCCUGUUAUUUAAAGUUCAACUGUUCCUCAAAAAUAAUCUGCUUUUUUAAACGUAUUACUUAAAUAUCUCAACAACUGCUGGACGGACCAACACAGUGGACAUGAUGAACAUGAUUAAAUGUCAGGAAGUUGAUCAGCGAUGUCGUUCAGAGCUUCACAGUAACGACAAACAUCAUAAACAUGAAGAUAAAAUGAAGCCUCACAUUUAGAAAUGAUCACAGGAAGUCAGUUUAAUCUCCAGCUGGUAUCAUCCUCACAUGUCUGGUGAAACAUCAGAAAUGUCUUUAUAAAUGUUUCACAUUAAAUGAUUCUGUAUGAAAACAA